AUGCCAGUAAUUCCUGCUGCUAUGUCUGGCCAACCAUUGUCAACAAAGCCUCUAAAGUUGCCAUCCCCUAUGCAGUAUUUAAAAUGUGGUGCAAAAAAGUUUGCUUUUGAAACUGUGAAUUUCUGUUGCAGUGGCGGAGAGGUUAAGAUAGCAGCAAAUGAAUACCCUGCUGAACUGCAGCGGCUCUUUACUUCAAACGAUGAAGACGCAGUUCACUUCAGAACCUAUGCUAGGUUAUAUAAUAAUUUGUUUGCCUUUAGUUCUAUAGGAGGGAAAUUUGAUGCAAGCACUUACAAGGGCAUAUAUGUAUUUAAAAUGCAUGGUCAGAUGUAUCAUUUUGUUCCAAAUUUAUUGCCUGAUAAAGGCACCCCAAAGUAUUUACAGCUUUAUUUUUAUGAUGGACAAAAUGAGGCUAAUAAUAGGCUUAAAUGCUUUCCAGAGGUCAGGCGAAAAGUGAUUGAUAUUCUUAUGCGAAUUUCAGAGCAGAAUCCAUAUGUAGUGUUCUUUCAAUCUCUCAGAGAAAGGCAUAUUACUGUGGAUACUAAAAUUGUGCUCAAUCAGAGUACAGUGCUAGACCAGCGUGUUUACAAUGCCCCUGCUGUAGACGAUGUUGCAGUCAUAUGGCCAGACAACGCUUUUCUAGCCAAAUAUCCUUUGUUAUUUCCUCGUGGGGAAUGUGGUUGGACUCAAGGAUUACAAAAGCAGUCUCAUGGUGGAGUAAGAAACACUACUCCAUUGCCAGAUCCAAUCAUGUCAUGUGCUGUGCAUAGUGCUGAGGACUUAUUGAAUGAAGAAGAUAAAAGAGCAAGUAAAAAGAACACUAGAGCUGACAAGUUCAUUUCUGCACGAGAGUACUUUUCCUACAAGUUGCAAAUUCGGCCUGAAAACAUGUUGUUGCGAGCUGGAAGAUGUUUCCAGCAAUAUAUAGUUGACAUGUAUGUCAAAAUUGAAAACACUUGGCUUGAUUACUUUCGGAAUAAUCAACAAAGUACACGGGCUGAACUAUAUCAAGGUAUUUUAGAUUCAUUAGAUUGUGGUGAGACUGUUGCUCAUAAUGUAGGACGUAAAGUAAUCUUACCUCCUACAUUUAUAGGAGGACCUCGAGAUAUGAAGAAACGUUACCUAAAUGCCAUGGCUUUGGCUGAGUUAGCCCCGGGUGAAACAGCACAAGAUCGACCUGAUUUAGUAGCCAGAAUUUUCAGAGCCAAAUUUUUAUUGCUGAAGAAAGAAAUAUUGGGAAAGCAAAUCUUUGGUGAAGUUGCUGCAUUGGUGUAUGUUAUUGAGUUUCAAAAGCGAGGUUUACCACAUGCUCAUUUCUUGAUCAUCUUGAAAUCAGACUGGAAGAUGAAAUGUCCUGCUGAUUAUGAUAAAUAUGUGUGUGCUGAAAUACCACCUGUCAGUAAUAGCAAUUUGAGGCGGACUGUGCUUGCACAUAUGAUGCAUGGCCCUUGUGGUGUGUUAAAUCCGGAAUGCCCUUGCAUGCGUAACAAAGGUGGUAUAUUGUCUUGUAAAAGUAAAUAUCCUAAACAGUUUUCAAAUGAGACGACUUAUAAUAAAGAUGGUUAUCCCAUCUACCAAAGACGUGAUACUGGGGAGCAAGUGAAGAUACGUAACACAUACCUUGAUAAUCAGUGGGUUAUCCCGUACAAUCCUUAUCUUUCUUCACUGUUUGAUUGCCACUUGAAUGUUGAGGUUUGUUCCACAAUUAAAGCAGUGAAAUACCUAUAUAAAUACGUGUACAAGGGUCAUGAUAGGGUUUCAUUCAAUGUAGUACCAGGUGAGAAUAACUCUGUUGAUGAAAUUAAUCAAUUCCAGUCAGGCAGAUAG